CUCAUAAUUUUCAAAACACGUCCACAUUGAUUAGGGCUGUGAGUCUCUAGGUCAAGAAUUAGUCCCAGAUGGCUGUAUCAGGUCCUAGCAGUAGCGGUUUGUUUAUAUGGAUCGUCACUUGCAUCUUAUUUUUGUUUAUAGCUGCUGGAGGGAUUUGCCUUCUGGCUUACAUGAACCUCCCUGAAUCUGAAAUUACACAUUGGUUGCCUAUUAUAGGUCUUUCCCUGGUUUGCCUGCCUUGGUUAUUUUGGUUCCUCACGUUCGUCUAUAGGGUAAUUUCACGAAAAUUUGGAUUUAGAAUGGUAAUUGGUGGCAACAGUGGUGGUGGAGAGGAUGGCAACGUUAGCGUUAGUGGUGAUGGUGCCGAAGCCUCUACUAUUGAUCAUGCAAAAGUUGUUGAUGUUGCUCAUGACUCUUCCCUACAGUUGCCUAUGUGUUCCCCAGCCCCAAGCACAGAUGGAAAACGCGUUCAGUUUGGUGCGACGGUGGUGGUCGGAGAAAAUUAUGACCAAGACGAAAGGAUGGUUAAGAAACAGAGUAGUUUGUCCUCAAAUAGUUCUGUUGGUUCGCAUGAGAGUGAAAUUCCGUUGGCAUUUUCAGUUUCUUCUUGAAUAUAUAUUAAUUAGUUUGGUUUAAGCAUUGGCAAAGAGAUUUCUCCUUGUACAUAUAUACACACUUGCCUUUAGAUUGAGAUUUGAUCGAAGUUGACAAUUUUAUUUCAUGGCCAUAAGCCUUGAGAAUAAGUUUUUGAUCAAAGAAGCUAUUUCGUUGCCUUUUCUCUAAUUAUGCAUUCAACUUCAUUAUCUCCUGUCUCAAUCCGAUUAUCAAAUUUGUGUUAAAAUUCACUCACUUUUCUUGAAAUCUGAUUAUCAAAUUUGUAUUAAAAUCCACUUAUUUUU